AUGAACGAAAAUGAAAAUAUCCUCCUUUCUGAUAACAGUUUCAAUUAAUAAAAGUUUUGUAUUACCCCAUCAAAACCUGAAAGGAAAAUAAAAGAAAACUACAUUUUACAAACUCCUAUAACUCCUAAUGUACAAAGAACUUUAUUCACUAAUCAUAAAAAUCUGUCUGCUUCAAAGUUUAUUAUUGACGAAUAAUUGGUUGAUUAGUAAAUCUCUUAAAUUGAAGUUGAUUAAGCGGUCGAUUUGAUCUAAGAAAUUUGCUUAAGAUUUAAUCUCACUUUUUCAAAAUUUUCUAUUGUUUCUUAAGAUGUAAUUAGACUCAUCUAUUUAUUUAAAGAAAUUAAAAUGAUUUGCACAUAUCCUAUUGAAAAAUUAUACGAUUUUUUAAAUGUAGUUUAAAUGAGAUACCCAAACUCAAUAAGUUUAGUAGUUUCAUCAUAGAAAUUACCAAGCUUGUUAUAAAUCAAUGACAUAUUCGAAUUGAGAUAGAUAAAAUAAGGUUUAGUGAACAUUACAUAUCUAUAAUUAUAUCGUCGAGAUUCAGAUACAAUAAUGUAAAUUUUAAGAAGUCUAAAUGUGAAGCAAGCAUUCUACUUUGACGAUGUUGAAUAAUGUCGAUAUUUACUCUCUGAUAAUAUUAAAUAACAUAUAGUCUGCAACAGAGGAGUAUUGCCUGCUACAAACAUACAAGAAUUAAGAAACUACCUCUCGAUAUAAACAUCCUACAUAGGGCCUACUUUAGACAUUGGCCAUAUUUAAAGUGAAUACAAACCAAAUUACUAAUUAAAUAAAGUUAUUUUUAUGGAUUCUGAAAGUUUUUCAAGAAUGCUUACUAGAUUAGAAGAAUAAAAUUUAUAAAGUGUUGCUUUGAAAUUUUCAAACAAUAAAAACAUCACAGCUUUCGAAGAUUUCUGCAUUAACAAUCAGAUCACUUGUAAAUAUCAAGCUAUUUCUUCUUCUGCAGAAUUGAAAACUUAAUAUGAAGUGUUAGUUCAUGUAGAUUAAGUUAACAGUUUGUAGGCUUAUUUGAAUGAUUGUGCAUUUUUGAACAAAGAUUGCAUAAGCAUAGUUUAUUUAUCCAAAGAAUAAUAUUUGCUAAAAAGGAAGUCUUUGUUCUUUCAAUAAACAAGUUUAGAAUUAUUGGAAGCAAUAUAUAAUUAAUUAUGUACAAAUUAAAAUAAGGUCAAUUUGAAUCAGAUUAAAUAGUCAUUUAUGAUUGAUAAUCCUAUGAAAUUAAUGAAUAUGUUAGAAAAACAUCAAUUAAUUCAAAUAGAUACAGUGAUACCAUUGAAAUGUUCAGUAUCUAUUGAUACAAUGGCAGACACAAACUCAGAGUACAUCAAUUAAUUAAUAAAAUACAUUAAAUUGCAUAGUAGAAGAAUAAUAUCCUUAAGAAAAGAUGUCAGCACUAUAAAGCAUUUUGAAAUAGAUCUGGAAGAUGUAUCGAAAUUCAUGAAUAAGCCGAUAAUUGAAUUGUGUAUUUAGAUUGAAUCAAAAAGCAAGGUAUUUUUAGAACCUGAAUUUUAUGAUUUUUUGAUAAAUUACUAGAUUACUGAUCAUUAAUUACAUUUUUCAAAUAAUAAUAAAAUGAAGAAUUAAUUGUUUUAAUGUGCAUAGGAUAUAACUAAGAUUAAAUAAUAGCAAAUCUAAGAAUUAGACAUUUGGUUUUGUCUUGGUUAAAUGUUAAAAAUAUCAUCAUUGUCUAAAUGUGUGAAUUACUAUUCAAAUUAAUAAAAGUUUGCUGAAAUUGUUGAUAAAUAUUUUACAGCUGAAAAUAAAUUAACAGUAGGUGAACUAUUUCAACAUAAUCAUAUAAAGUAUAUGCCAAUCAAAACUAUUGAAGGCUUGAGAGAAAAAACAAAAAUAAUUACAGACAUCAGAAAAAUCUAUCAAACCAUUUAAAAAGAGAAUGACAGAGACAUUUAACAUAAAAUACCUAUAAAUAGGAGAGUACAUUACGAAUUGAUGAAACAGUAUCUAUCAUAUGAUUUGGAUCAACUCUCAGAUUUAGUUAAUUACUACAUUGAUUAAUAGAAUAAACAAACGUAGAGAUAUAGAGUAAAGGGAUGGUUAUUAGAUUUACCAAUUAAAAAAGUGAAGUAUUGA